GGGAAAAGGCGGUCCGGCCCAAGUUGUUCUUUGCAUCACUUGCGUGAGGGACAUUUUUCAGCUGAAGGUGUGUGGAAAUUACAUACUCUCUGUGACUUUUCCAUCAAAUCUAUAAGCAGACACAGAGUGCACAGCUGGCUCCUGUGCUCAGGAGGAUUUCUUUUUUGCCUGGAUAUGCAAGCUUAGUCCAUAUUGGUGACUUGCUGCGGUUGUCGUUUUCUGUUUGCAACUCACACUGCUGGCUACAAGGACAAUGCUUUACUUCACGGAGUAGCCAAAAUUAGUUUUUCCUUUGCAGAAGACUUUUCUAUAUAUUCUUCAUCCACCAGCUGAGGGUGACCAGUUUCCAUCUCUCUCAUAAAGACAGAAGAAACACCUUCAAAGACUUACUGUUCUCAAGAUCAUUGGACUUCAGCUGGACAUACUUUUUAAAUUCAUUAUUGUACAACUUUCUUCAUGGACUGACUCUAACUUGGAACAGUUUCUGAGCUCCCCUAUCGUGAUGGUCAAAUUCAGUUUUGAACCUACAACCCACUGUGUUUCAUGAAGAGGUUUGGCAGCCUGAGGAGGAGCAAGAAACGGAAGGAGCAAGAUGGGCUAGGAGGAAGGCAUCAGUCCGAGUCGUCAUGUCUAUCUGCCUCUGGACUCUCCACACCGCCCGCCACCCCAACCCAGGCGGCCAGCCAACCCGUGUUCACACAGGAGGCCCAGCCGAGCGGGCCCAGCCCUGAACGCCUGGAGCCGGGCUCACGAUCCCGCUCGACCUCUACGCCUCCAGACACAGGACAGCGCCUCAGCCUUCCCUCUGCCAAACCUCCGAUCCCCUCCUCGAGCCCUGUGCCAUCUUACUCUACCUCACAACAAGUCUACGGUUUAUUCGAAGGCAUGCUGGAGAAACUUGAACUAGAUGAUGAUGCUGCUGAACCUGAGAGUGAUAUUUACAUGCGCUUCAUGAAAUCCCACAAGUGCUACGACAUCAUCCCCACAAGCUCCAAGCUGGUUGUGUUCGACACGGCACUCCAAGUUAAGAAAGCGUUCUUUGCCUUGGUAGCCAACGGUGUGCGAGCCGCUCCACUAUGGGACACAGAGAAGCAAAGCUUUGUUGGAAUGCUGACAAUCACAGAUUUCAUCAUCAUACUACACAGAUACUAUAAGUCACCAAUGGUGCAAAUAUAUGAAUUAGAGGAACAUAAGCUUGAGACGUGGAGAGAGGUUUACCUUCAAGCAACGUUCAAACCUCUGGUCAACAUAUCACCUGAUGCAAGCCUAUUUGAUGCAGUGUACACCCUUAUCAAAAACAAAAUUCACCGCCUGCCUGUCAUCGACCCCGUCACGGGGAAUGCACUUUAUAUUCUCACACACAAGAGGAUCCUCAAGUUCCUCCAGCUUUUUAUGUGUGAAAUGCCAAAGCCAGCUUUCAUGAAGCAGACUCUCGGGGAGCUGGGCAUCGGCUCGUACCAUGACAUCGCUUUCAUCCACCCAAACACGCCCAUCAUCAAAGCUCUCAACAUCUUUGUAGAGAGACGAGUGUCCGCCCUGCCUGUGGUGGAUGAGUCGGGCAAAGUUGUGGAUAUUUACUCCAAGUUUGACGUGAUUAACUUGGCCGCUGAGAAGACGUACAACAACCUGGACAUUACAGUGACGCAGGCUCUGAAGCAUCGCUCCCAGUACUUCGAAGGAGUCAUGAAGUGCCAUAAAAUGGAAACAAUGGAGACCAUUGUGGACAGAAUAGUCAAAGCUGAAGUGCAUCGGUUGGUGGUGGUGGACGAGCGCUCCAGCAUCGAGGGCAUCGUCUCUCUUUCAGACAUCCUUCAGGCCCUGGUGCUCAGCCCUGCAGAUGCCUGUAAGGAGGAGAACCUGGCUGAGUGAGAGGGAGGAAGCGUCAGCUGGAGAGGAGACGUGCUGAGAGUAAAUACGUCUGAAUGUUGAGGUAGGGAGCGCGAGGCUGAGCAGAGUCGGUCCGAAGGUCCCAGAGACGCCUGCAACGGAUGCACUAUAGAGGCUUGGAAACCAAAGAGCUAGACAGCUGAAUGAAGUGGAGUUCCUGCACUGAGGAUUGAUUUUCUGAGUGUUUUAUUUUUGUUGUUUGUUUUGAACACUGAUCAGAUGCACACGCACACAGUAUACUGUAUUUAAACACACACAUUAUGGUCACCUGCCGGGGAAAAAGGUGGGGAGUCAAGGCUGGUUCUGAUGGAUUGGGGCUUCAGUGUUUCGGGGUGUGUGGAUACGAUCAUGCUGCUGUCUUCAGUUGAUUUUUAUUUUGGAGUCGAUUCUGAAUGUCAUCACCUUCGGGAAAACAGUAUUUGAUGUAGAAAGAUGAUAAUUCACAGAUGUAACUUAUUGUUUGGAAGCAAAACUACACUCCACCUAUAAUGUGGCCAUUUUAUGACUCU